UCAUAGCCAAAGUCCACAUUAUCUCUUAGACAGAGAGCAGUUCGGUUAUUCACAUUUGCACAGACAUGAAUCUGACUGCAAAGAGCCACAGUAUCCCUCUCAGUGACGGUAACCGUAUUCCGCUGCUGGGAUUGGGCACCUAUGGAGACCCUCGAACGACACCCAAAGGCACUGCACUUGAGUGCGUCAAGCUGGCCAUAGAUGUAGGUUACAGGCACUUUGAUGGGGCACUGGUGUAUUUCAAUGAGCACGAAGUGGGUCAAGCCAUUAGAGAGAAGAUUGCUGAUGGAACUGUUAGAAGAGAGGACAUCUUUUACUGCGGAAAGCUCUGGAAUACCUUCCAUCCACCAGAGUUGGUGAGACCGGCCUUGGAGAGGACACUGAAAACCUUGAAACUAGAUUAUGUGGAUCUCUACAUUGUUGAGCUUCCUAUGGCCUUCAAGCCUGGAAACGAAUUUUAUCCCAAAGACCAGAAUGGAAAAUACAUCUACCACCACACUGACCUCUGUGCAACAUGGGAGGCUUUAGAGGCUUGCAAAGAUGCUGGGCUGAUCAAGUCCCUGGGAGUCUCCAACUUCAACCGCAGGCAGCUGGAACUGCUGCUGAAUAAACCUGGCCUCAAACACAAACCUGUGUCUAACCAGGUUGAAUGUCAUCCAUAUUUCACACAACCCAAACUCCUGGAGUACUGUCGUCAGAAUGGCAUUGUGAUUGUUGGCUAUUGCCCAAUUGGCUCCUCCAGAGAUGCAUCCUGGGUGAAUGUGAAAAGUCCUCCUCUGCUGGAGGACAAGGUGCUUGUGUCCAUUGGGAAAAAGUACAACAAGAGCAGUGCCCAGGUGGCUUUGCGCUUCAAUGUGCAGAGAGGAGUCGUAGUGAUUCCAAAGAGCUUCAGCCCUGAGAGGAUCAAACAUAACUUCCAGAUAUUCGAUUUUUCACUCACUGAGGAGGAAAUGAAAGCCAUUGAGGCACUGAACAAAAACAUUCGCUUUGUGGAGCUGCUCAUGUGGAGUGACCAUCCAGAAUACCCCUUUCAUGAUGAAUAUUAAGCUUUUUAACUUUUAAGUGAUGCAUAUAAUUGUCAUACUACACAUAUUGCAUAUUUCUGGCAUCAGAGGAAUCUUUAAUUCACUGUUAAUGUUUGGUUCAUUUUCACACUAAACACUAGAGGGCUCUGGCUCACAGUGAAUGAAAAGGACUGAUAAAUGAAAGUUGUCAAAGACCACAUAGAGAGCUGUGACGUGAACGGAGGAAGUUGUUUAAUCACUGGAUAUUAGCUUCACAUGAGUCUUACAUGAGACUAAUGGUAACACUGUAAAAGAGCUUCUUGUUAGCGACAACAGAUUUGAAAUAUAUUGAUGCAAAUGCUGCUAUAAAUAAAUUUCUGUUUAAAAGUAAAACCAUUUGAAAAGACAUCAUAUUUACAACAUGAUACGUGGAUUAUUGCUUCUGGAUUGCUGAAAUAGAAUCAUAGUUUCACAAGAUUUUAUUGACACACUAGCAACUAAUAACCAUAAGAUCUUUAUGUUCAAGUUUGAGGGUUAGGACAUUCUCAGGCAGUGCUACUUUUAAGGUUGAUAACAUGUUAAAGAAAAGUUUUGUUUUUUGUGUGUGCCACGGUUGGUGUCAAAAUCAACGCAAAUCACUUUAUGAUUUAAAAAAAUAAACCACAAAAUUUGAAAACAAUAACUGAGCAGUGUUCCAUAUACCAUGUUCAAGGCAAGGUUACAAAGGUUAGCUGUGUUAGAGCAAACAACGAAGAGACCAAAAUGUAGCAAAAAAAAGGAGUUACUUAAGUCCAAAAUUCAAAAUAUUCUUUUGUAGUGGGAUGGAAACAUUUUAGCUGUGAAGAAUCUCUACAAUAGCUGUUGUAACUAAUUCAAAUAAAUGUAUAUUCGCUGUUGAAACUGAUGUUAGGAAUCUUUUGCAACUGUAACCAAAAAGGAGUAUAUUAUGGAUUCCACUGUAUGCCAGUUUAUUCAGAAGGUUUUUUAAAUGAACCAGAAGAAGUUGUCAUCAAUUAACACAAGGGUGAAGACAUUUGUGAAUCCAUGGAAAAUUCCACUCCUGAGAAUCAAAGAUUCAAAAAGCAAGUCUAUAGCUCGCUACACAUUUUGUAAUAAUAUUAUUUAACUAUAACCGUCACGCCCAAACCAAAUUGUUGGAUAAAUUUAAUGUUUUUUAUUGGGAAUUGCAUGUAUCUUCUUGUUGAAAUAACCAAGUUUCAAAACUAUAUUCUCCUGAUGUUCAAACCUCUUGGCCCCUAAGGAAAUUGGGAGUAAAGUAACUUGGAAAACACAUCUUUGUGCCAAUGUUUGCAGAGUGGUUACAUUAGCACAGAGUGCUUAUCCUAACAAAGAGCUUUAACAUAUAUUCUUCUCAAAUAUGCACACCUCAUAUUAAGACCUAUCAUACUUGUACAGAUGUGCAAGCUGAUUGAGAAACAAUCUUGGACAAACUGUUGAAAAAACUAUGAUGAGCAAAAAUUGUUAGGUUUGGUUAAUAUUUCAUUGCCUUUACAGCUUCAGUAGCAGACUAUUGUUCAUUAAACACUUGCAUUACUGGAAAAACAGUUUC